AUGCGUCCCGACGCCAUCUCCGCUCUCACAGCUUUCCUCGCUGUAGGCGGUUUCCAGCUCGUCGCAGCUCAAGAUGCUCCCGAAGCGCACGUUCAACGGCCCCGAUGGUACUUCCCAAAGGAUGUCAAGCGAACGGUUCGCAGAAGCGCUGAGCCCGAACCUGGCUCCAUCCUCGACGGUGUACUCGACAAUUUGAGUCCUACCCAGGUUAUUUCAUCAACGGCUACUCCCGCCCCCGAAACCUCCGCCCCGGCUCAGUCCCAGAAGGGACAGGAAGUCGUUGUUGUGACCAUCUCGGUCGACCCCAAGAACCCCGAGAUCACCCACCGUAUUACUGGUACUUCGACCAUUGCCGGUGAACCAACUGGUACCACUACCACGACUACUCAGAAAACGGAGGGUUCGAGCAUCGAGAACACCACCAAGAAGAGCUCCGAGGCUGCAUCUCCCGAUGCGGAAACCACAAGCAAUCAGGGAUCGGCGAUCGACUCAUCAGCCAAGCCUUCGACUACAACCUCUAGCGCCGGUCUGCUUGGUGAUUUGAACUCGGGUUUGGGCAACCUCCUCGGAGGCGAUUCUACAUCCUCAACUGUGGCCACACCUUCGACUGCGACCGCAUCCUCGACUGCGACCACACCCUCGCCUGGGACUACUACCUCCGACUCAUCAGCCAAGGCUUCGACUACAACCUCUAGCGCCGGCCUGCUUGGUGAUUUGAACUCGGGUUUGGGCAACCUUCUGGGAGGUGAUUCCACAUCCUCAACUGUGGCCACACCUUCGACUGGGACUACUACCUCCGACUCAUCGGCCAAGGUAACUUCGCCUGCUUCUUCUGCUCCUGCCGCAUCCUCUAGCGAUGGUCUCCUUGGUGACUUGACCUCAGGAUUGGCCGGCGUUUUGGGCGAAUCAUCAACCAAUAGCUCUGUAUCCGCGACACCCACUGGCACCUCUAGCGCGAACAAGAUCAGCAGCGCAGCCUCAAGCACGACAAGCUCGGGGUCGGAUCUCGCCGACCUUUUGGGACUAGGUGACAAGUCUUCCAGUGGCAACAGCACAAGUGUUACUGUGUCCUCGGAUGCUUUGAGUUCACCUACCAUCCCAGUCAGCGUACCCGCUUCCGCUACUAGCUCACCGUUGACCACCUCCACCUCCUCUGGAACUACAACUUCGGGUGAUCUCGUCGGUGGUCUCGUGUCAGGCGUGGAUUCUCUGCUCGGUGUCACCUCUACUGCCACUGGUAGCACUGCCUUGAUUCCGACUGCGUCUGUGCCAAAUGGUAGCCUUUUGCCGCCCAAAUCGAGUGGUCUCAUUCCUGGCCAGGGAGGUACUAACACUGGUGCCAUCCCCACCCCGACCAAGACCCUGGGAUCAGUUCCCGUCCCACACUCGCCCGGCUCUGACCCUACCUCAACUUCCGGAUCUGAAACCUCUGGUUCUAACACCGCCUCGGCUCCUUUGUUGGGCACUACCACCACCGCCUCCGUUCCCGGCAGUGGCUCUCACGAGAGCUCCAAGGUUCCUAUCCCCACCUCUCACCCAGCCUCCACUCCCCUUCCCUUGUCGACUUCGUCGACUGCGUUGACUAAGGCGACUUCGGCGAGCGAAGAAACGAGCACGGCCAAGACCACCGUGGAGCCUCAGACUCCGACGGAGACGCCUACGCCCUCCACCUCCAACGACAACGACUGGAUGCCAUCCACCAUCCUUAUCGUGCCUACCGUCACCGCUACUGAGAGCUCGACCUCCGAUCAAACCGCGAAGCCCACAGCACCACCGUCGCUCCCUGGUUCUAUCACCCCGUCGAACGAGGUCACCGAGCCUCCGGCUGACUCCAUCUUGCUCCAGCUGGGUUUCAACAGCCAGCUGCCCUGGUCAUUUGUUGCAACCACUCCCUUGUCGUCGUCGCAGAUCUUCAACUACACCCCUCAGGCUAUUGAGAACGCUUUGCCAGCCCUCUCUGCCAAGGACACCCCGGUUAUGUUUGCUAUUGAGCCUUACUAUAACUGGCAGUCCACGGGCUAUAACGCCACCCUUGCGAUCUUCUUUUUCCCUCGUGACAAGGUUGAUGCUCUGAAAGCGCUUAAGGUUAACCCCAAUUCUGCUCUCUACAACCAGGCUAGCGAAUCCAUCCAGUCAUUGAUGACGAUGGUUGACCCUACAAUCCCCCUCGAGUUCACUGGAAACUACCCUAGUGGUACUAGCGACUCAACUGGCGGUAGCAGCAAUGGUGGCGAUGAUGAUGGCUCUGACAGCGGUACCAACGAAAACACUGAUGGCUCUGCCGGGAGCUCCAAGGCUAAGGCUAGCUCUGUUGGAAUCGGAGUUGGUGUUGUGGCCGGUGCUGCUGCUUACGGUGCGGGUAUGUUCUGGGUAGCCCGCCGCUACCGCAAGAGAAAGCAGCUGCACCAGCGCUCUAGCUCGACCGUUGAGCAGAUGAGCCAGGGAGGUUCCGCCGCUGGUUCGAUGCUCGCUGCUGGUGGCCGUGCCCCCAGCCAUGGUAGCCGUGGAACUGCUCGUUCACAGAUGAUCAGCGCUCCCGUCAUGGCGGAGAACUCGUUGGGAUGGAACUAG